AUGAGUAAACGACCAAAUGAUAAUUUUGAAAUACCAAAGCCGAAGAAACAGAAGUUAGUUGAUCCUCAAUAUGUCUUACCUAAAGCAUUACCAUCUUCACCUGCUACAUUACAAGAAAGAAAGAAGUUUAUUGAGCAUAUUGUUAAAGUUUUAACCAAAGUUCAACCAAAUUUAAAAACGCCAAAAUUAAAGGCAAUUCAUAUAGAAUAUCAAAUUGCAAAAUCCUCAACUAAUGCAACUUAUAAAACAGUAUUAAAGCAGAAGAUUUAUAAAUUAUCACAUCCUGAAAAAUUUAAAACAUUUGCUAGAAAAGAUGAUAUUCUGAAACAAUUGGAAAUUUUAAAUUCAUGGGUCAUUUCAAUAGAUAAAUUAAAACAAUAUGGUUAUACAAUGAAUAUACCGGAAGCUAGAACCAAUGAGAAUUUAACGAGACUAUGUAAUAGAUGUAAUACUGAAUUUAGACUUGCUCAACAACUUGAAAAAACUGUAUGUAAUUUCCACCAUGGGAAAUUAAGAAAAGGUCCAUAUAGGAAAAGGAAUUACGAUUGUUGUGGUGGUGAAGAACAUGUUAGUCCAACUUGUGCUACUUCAGAUUAUCAUGUUUACCAAUUACCUACCGUUGAAGAAAAACAUGCAUUAUUGAAAUAUCAAAACACUAAAGAUAUAUUCACUAAGAAAUCACCUUAUUUAGUCGUUGGUAUAGAUUGUGAAAUGGGAUAUACUACAAAAGGAUUCGAAUUAUUGAGAAUUACAGCUGUUGAUUUCUUCUCUAAAAAGACUAUCCUCGAUGUUUACGUUAAACCAAUUGGCCAAGUUGUUGAUUUUAACACUAGAUAUUCAGGAAUAAGUGAAAUAACAGAUGAAUUUAUUAGAUUUGAAGAGAGUAUGAAUAAACUAGGAGAAAUCAUGGAUUCAAGUACAAUUUUAAUUGGUCAUGGUUUAGAAAAUGAUUUACAUGCAAUGAGAUUAAUACAUGAAAGAAUAAUAGAUACUUCAAUAUUAUAUCCUAAACAUAAACCAAGUCCAACUUUCAAAUAUAGUUUAAAAGAUUUAACAUUUAUGUAUUUAAGUAGAAAUAUUCAAAUUGGAGAACACGAUAGUACAGAAGAUAGUAUAGCAGCUAUAGAUAUAGUUAA